CUUUGCCUCUUGAUAUAUGUUUUCUUCAACUUAAUGUAUACUACUACUAUAUAUGUGUUCGUCUCUAUUGAAAAAGUGAGAAGAAACUCAAACCAAUGGCAACAGUUGCAAGAGUAAUAGUUCUGCUAUGGGUAGACAUAUUGGCCAUGUACGCCAUGUACAUGAUGAUGGCAUACUUAACCAACGUAUGGAAGCUCGGUUUCACACGCGCCGCCGCAAUUGUGAACGUCUUUUGGGGUGUGACGACAAUAUUACCGUUACCCCUAGCAUUCCUAGUUGAAACCAUAACAGGAAAUUACUGGAUGCUCCUCCUCUCCAGCUUCUCUUACAGCGCUGGAUUAGGGUUCUUGGCAAUGUCGACUCCUCCGGUGCUGGGGCGUACAAUGGGAAGAUGCAGAGAGUACAACCAGGAAUGCAUAGGGCAGGGCCAGAGAAUCCUCUUCUACACCGCGCUGCCUUUGAUAGCAUUUGGCAUGUCGGGCCACAUGACCUGUUGGAACUCGUUCAUGGCAGAGCAAUUUAUUCGAGUAGAAGGCGAAGUUGAGGACGAGGACGAGUUCGACAACGCUGAGAGAACCUUCUGGAAGUUCUUUUACAGCGUUUUGGCCACCAUCGUCCUCACCUUUGUCGCAGUUUUAGGCCUUCCCUAUAUAAAGCCGUGGUCCAUUAGGUUUGGGAUUCCGGCCAUAUGCACUCUCGUCGCAACUCUCCUCUUCUUUAGCGGAUCCUGUUCCUACAAGUAUUUCUCACCGCUGGGAUGCCCUUUAACGGUGUUCUUUCGAGUUUUCGUUGCUGCUGUUUCCAAGCUGUUUUAUCGAAUCCCGAGAGAUCCUAAGGAGUUGUUCGAGGUUAAUCAUCCUCAACUCUACGUCAUUCCGCACACAAAGAGCCUCAGGUGUUUGGACAAGGCUGCAGUUGUGAUACCUACAAAGCCUCUAGAGGAGCAAGCCGAGAAUCCAUGGCGACUCUGCACAGUGACCGAAGUGGAGGAGACAAAAACGAUCAUACGCAUGAUUCCUGUGUGGAUGACAUUCAUUUUGUGUGGCGUCGUCAACGCCAUAGGCUUCACCUACUUCGUCGAGCAACUGGACCAUCUGGACCACAAAGUCGGCCGCCUCAAGCUCCCGUCGGUAGCCCUCCUCUGGUUCUUCGACCAAACUCAGAACCAGAUUGCGAAGCUAUACGUUAUGCUAGCAAAUCGCUUAGCCCAAUCAGGGUCCAUAAAGUUCGCUCCUCCACUAGGGAUCGCAGUAUCAAUGAUACUGGCGAUCCUGUGCUGCAUCACCGCAGCCAAAGUGGAGGACCGGAGGCUCGGGGUGGUGCAAAGGCAUGGACUAGUGGAAAAGCCGGACGAGACAGUGCCGAUGACCAUGUUUUGGUUGCUUCCGCAGUUUGUUCUGCUCGGGGCUUCGACUGGAAUAUUUAACUAUAGCGCGCUUUGCUUCUUUGUGGAUCAAUCCCCUGUUUCGACACGGAGGUACUUGCCGUUUAUGAUAAGCGCUGUGUUUGGUGUUGGGAUUCUGGGGAGUGUGGUGUCGGUUUUUGUUGCGGGGAAAGUGAGUGAAAGAGGGGGGAAAAGGAAUUGGUUUCAGCAUGAUUUGAAUGGGAGUAGGCUGGAUAAGUACUAUUGGAGUUUGGCUUGGUUGAUGGCCGUCAAUCUUGUGGUUUUUGUGGUCGUCGCUAUAUUUUAUCGAUAUAAGGAAUCGGAACUGCAAGAUUUGGGAGGUGGUGAUUUUGGUGGGAUUGAUGAAGGGUAUGAUGAAAACUCUAAAUGUUGCUGUUGUUUGUGUUAGAAACUUGUUAAUGCUGAUGCUUACACAUUUAUCACUGAUACGAUUAAACAAAAAACACUUGUCAGUGUUUUUAUUUUUCUUA